GGUUUUUUUUGUUUGUUUGUUUGGAAACAAGAAAAAUUGUUAUUCAUUGAUUGUAUUGAUUGAUUGAUUGAAAAAGUGUGCUUCCUUGUCUUCUAUUCAAUAUCUAAUCACAACUUUGUGAAAAAAAUGGGAGCAGCUGUAACGGAAAAAAAUGAUCAUCGUAGUAGUAGUAGCCGUGGUGGUGAUCAUCAUCAUCGUCAUCAUAAAAGUAGCCGUAAUAGUCGAUCAUCACCUGAUAAUAAUAAUAGUAGUAGCCAUCGAUCAUCAUCAUCAUCACAUCGUCGAUCUCAUCGUUCAUCACGGGAAAGAUCAUCCACUAGCCAUCAUCAUACAUCAUCAUCAUCAUCAUCACAUCGUCGUAGUGAUCGUUCACGUUCUCGUUCACCACGUACUUCUCGUUCCACACAUUAUGAUGAUAGACGUGACAAUACGGCCGCCGGUAUGCCGAAAAUUUCUAGGCGUAAAAAACCAUCCAAAUAUUGGGACAUUCCACCGCCCGGAUUUGAAAGUGUUUCACCAAUUCAAUAUAAAGCAAUGCAAAGUUCAGGACAGAUACCGGCAUUAUUAACCUCACCAGGUGUUGCCCCGGUACCGAUUGGAUCGACUAUUACAAGACAAGCAAGACGUCUAUAUGUUGGUAACAUUCCAUUCGGAUGUUCCGAAGAAGAAAUGAUUGAUUAUUUUAAUCAACAAAUGCAUAUUUGUGGUUUUGCUCAAGGUCCGGGUAAUCCGGUACUAGCAUGUCAAAUUAAUUUGGACAAAAAUUUUGCUUUCCUUGAGUUUCGAUCGAUCGAUGAAACAACACAAGCAAUGGCAUUCGAUGGUAUCACAUUCAAAGGUCAAUCAUUGAAAAUACGACGACCACAUGAUUAUCAACCGAUGCCCGGUAUGUCAGAAGCACCACAAACAAAUGUACCGGGUGUUGUGUCCACCGUGGUUGGUGAUUCACCAUAUAAAAUAUUUAUCGGUGGUCUACCAAAUUAUCUAAAUGAAGAUCAAGUUAAAGAAUUAUUAAUGAGUUUUGGCCAAUUAAAAGCAUUCAAUUUGGUUAAAGAUAGUGCCACUGGUCUAAGUAAAGGUUAUGCAUUUUGUGAAUAUGCUGAUGCUUCCAUCACUGAUCAGGCAAUCGAUAACUUAAAUGGAAUGCAAUUAGGCGAUAAACGAUUAAUUGUACAACGGGCAAGUGUUGGUGCUAAAUCAGGCCUAUCAACAACAACAUCAUCAUCGAUACCAUCAUCAUCGUCGACAACAACAAUAAAUCCAGCAAUUAUAAGUGGUCCAGUAACGAUGCAGGUACCUGGUUUACAAAUUACAGCAAUGACAACAGCUAUUGGUAAUCCGACUGAAGUACUGUGUUUAAUGAAUAUGGUAUUGCCAGAAGAAUUAAUCGAUGAUGAAGAAUAUGAAGAAAUAAUGGAAGAUAUUCGACAAGAAUGUCUGAAAUAUGGUCAUAUACGAUCAAUGGAAAUACCAAGACCAAUCGAAGGUGUUGAAGUACCUGGUCUAGGCAAGGUUUUUAUUGAAUAUAAUUCCUCAAUCGAUUGUCAACGUGCACAACAAUCAUUAGCUGGACGUAAAUUUGAUAAUCGUGUAGUGAUCACAUCAUAUUUUGAUCCAGAUCGUUAUCAUCGACGUGAAUUUUAAAAAAAGAAAAAUAAAAUGAAAAAUCCGUAUGUAUGGAGGGGUAAUAAACUUCUCGAAAAAAUAUCACCAAAAAAAACCAGACUACAGACCCAAACACACACACACACACACACACGCACCCACACCAUGAUUCGAUUGAUU